GCUACCCGUAAAUUCGUGGGCGUCCAGCUAUGCACCGCCUGCUGGUUUGCCAGCGUUGUGCAAGAAGAACCAUGCAUCCCUGCAUCAGGCUGCAUCACUUUUUGAAGUUUAAACUGUGUCCCCUCUUUCGAAAUUUGCCUUGGCACUGGAGCUAAAACUUUAGAAAGGCGUCAAAUUGGGGAGGUCGGCCCGAGCACUUGCCAACAGCCGAGAUCUAUCAGAUCCCUUUCAGAAUCAAGAAGUCAUCAUGGCGCUUGCAGGCGCUGCCAGAGCAGCGGUGUCGUUAAAUGCCAUGAGCUGCGCUGCGGGGGGCAGUGCCAAGGAUCUUGGCGCCCCCAGCCUGGCAGCCCUGCCUGUCCACCGGCUGAGCAGCACUGCCGCUCAUGGAGUCCAAUUGCCAGCAAUCAGACCAAUGAUGGCUGCUGCAGGGCAUCAUGCGAAGAGCUGCAAGGUGCAAGCAACCGUUGCCGCCGCUCCUGCCGCCAGCUCAGCAGCUGUGCAGGAGGAGGGCAGGGUGUACAACUUUGCAGCGGGGCCAGCGUGCCUGCCGUACAACGUACUGAAAGAGGCGCAGGCAGAUCUGAUCAACUGGAAGGGCACUGGCGCCAGCGUCCUGGAGAUGAGCCACCGCUCGAAGCAGUUCCUGUCCAUCAUCCAGAAAGCGGAGGCGGACCUGCGGGAGCUUCUGGCCAUCCCUGACAAUUACAAGGUCCUCUUCUUGCAAGGCGGUGCCACCUCGCAGUUCUCCGCAAUCCCUUUGAAUCUAGCUGGCCCUGAGGACGCGGUGGACUAUGUUGUGACGGGAUCAUGGGGUUCAAAGGCUGUCCAGGAGGCUGGCAAGUACGCCAAGGCGAACCUGGCGGCCACGGGCAAGCCUGGCAAGUUUACUGAUAUCCCCCCCCAGAGCGAGUGGAAGCUGACCCAGGGAGCCAAGUACCUGCACAUCUGCGCCAAUGAGACCAUCCAGGGGGUGGAAUUCAAGGAGUAUCCGGAGGUGGAGGGGGAGACGGUGCUGGUGGCAGACAUGUCGUCAAACUUCUGCUCCAAGCCUGUGGACGUGUCCAAGUUUGGUCUGAUCUACGCUGGGGCGCAGAAGAACGUGGGGCCAUCGGGGGUGACAAUCGUGAUUGUGCGGGAAGAUCUGUUGGGGAAGGCGCAGCCGAGCACGCCGGUCAUGCUAGACUACAAGAUCCACAGUAACAACGAGUCCCUGUACAACACGCCACCCUGCUUCAGCAUCUACAUGACAGGUCUCGUGUUUGCCGACCUGUUGAAGCAGGGCGGCCUGGCUGCGGUGGCCAAGAAGAACGAGGAGAAGGCCCAGCUCUUGUAUGACGCCAUUGAAGGGAGUGACGGCUUCUUCAAGUGCCCCGUGGCCAAGCCUGUACGCUCCCUCAUGAACGUGCCCUUCACGAUGCGUGACCCGGAGCUCGAGGCAGAGUUCCUCAAAGAGGCAACCGCACAAGGAUUGAUUCAGCUGAAGGGGCACCGUUCCGUGGGUGGCGUGCGUGCAUCCAUCUACAACGCACUCCCCUUGGCGGGUAUUCAGAAGCUGGUUCAUUUGAUGAAGGAUUUCCAGGCCAAGCACUCAUAAGGUCCCUUUCACUUUCUUGUACUGCUGGGCAACAUCCACCAGAUGGUUUUUGCUUACAGAAAUGUUGAUAAGAUAGGUGUUGAGAGACUCCCUGAAUCGAUACGAACCUGUAACAUUGUAGAAAGGCACUGUGGGUUUAUAAGCUGGGCAUCCAUGUGUCACUUAGCCCGAUUCCUGUUACGACUUUUGAGAUGGACGCAAAUUGCUGUCAGACGCCUCAAAGUGCUGUAGCGUGACGAUCAAAAAAAUGCGGCAAAAUUUCCAGUUGAAACCCGGCCAGGCCGCAUGUGAGCUACUCGGUGCGUCUCGAUCCGAAUCAAGUUUCAUCAGCUUUGUAGUAAGUUCCCUGAACUACGCAUGGCGUAAAGACACUAAAAAGAAUUAUCACUUGUCGAGAUAAAAAGUA